GGAGCCGUCGUUCCCGGAGCGCUCCCUCUGUGUGAGUCCCAGCUGCGGGACCUUCGCACCCCAUGAAGUCUUUGCACGUGGAUCUCGCAGCCCCCGUUGUCUCCCCACGGGACCACCCGGUCCCUUUGCCAGGCUCAAAGAACAAAGAACUCGCCGUGUUGCUUUGCAGGCUGCUUCCCCGUGGCCGUGCAGCUGCCGUAUGUGUACUGUGUGUCCCAACCGCCCUCUCCUAGAAAAAAGCAAAAAUACUCCCUUAUAAGAAUGCGGUUUUUUCGCUGGAUUAAAAGAUUUACCGAAUCCAGCGCUGCCUUCUGCAGUUCUGUCGGUCUGGUUGCAUGCGAUUGGAGCAGCUCGGGAAAACACCAUCGGCUCCGGCUACACUGUAUCUAAAGUCCACCCUGCGUGUGUGCUGUCGCGAUAAAAAUAAUAGACAAAACGAGGUUAGACCCGAGCAAUCUGGAGAAGAUUUAUAGAGAAGUGCAGAUAAUGAAGCUUUUGAAUCACCCCCACAUUAUCAAGCUCUAUCAGGUUAUGGAGACAAAGGAUAUGCUUUACAUUGUUACUGAGUUUGCUAAGAAUGGAGAAAUGUUUGAUCAUCUGACCUCCAAUGGGCACUUGAGUGAAAGCGAAGCGCGGAAGAAGUUCUGGCAGAUUCUUUCAGCAGUGGAAUACUGCCACAGCCACCACAUAGUGCACAGGGAUCUCAAAACAGAAAACCUUCUGCUAGAUGCUAACAUGAAUAUCAAGUUAGCAGACUUUGGCUUUGGAAACUUCUACAAGUCAGGAGAGCCACUCUCCACUUGGUGUGGAAGCCCACCCUAUGCAGCUCCAGAAGUUUUUGAAGGCAAGGAGUAUGAAGGACCUCACCUUGAUAUAUGGAGCCUUGGUGUGGUGCUCUAUGUCCUUGUCUGUGGUUCUCUACCAUUUGAUGGACCCAAUUUACCAACUCUGAGGCAAAGAGUGCUGGAGGGGCGGUUCCGCAUCCCAUACUUCAUGUCUGAAGACUGUGAAACACUAAUCCGACGGAUGUUAGUCGUAGACCCAACAAAGCGAAUAACCAUUUCCCAAAUAAAGCAGCACAAGUGGAUGCAAGCUGAUCCAUCUCUUCGACAGCAGCAGUCUUUGUCCUUCUCCAUGCAAAACUAUAACUCUAACCUGGGUGACUACAAUGAGCAAGUCCUUGGGAUCAUGCAAACACUUGGCAUUGACAGGCAGAGAACUGUUGAGUCUCUACAGAACAGCAGCUACAACCACUUUGCUGCUAUUUAUUACCUGCUCUUGGAGCGUCUCAAGGAGUAUCGAAGUAGCCAGCUAUCGAGUCGUCCGGCAACUGGCCGUCAGCAAAGGCCGAGGAGCUCUGAGAUCAGCAAUGCUGAGAUGCCUCAGGACAGUCUCACGAAUGAAACCCUGCGAUCAUCUCUGCUUUACCAGCAACCUCAGAGUCUGAUUCAACCGUCUUUGCAGGCAGAAAUGGACUGUGACGUGAAUAAUCCGUUACAGCCUGUGUUUUUUCCUGUGGAUCCCAACUUCAACGGGCUCUUUCGGAAUCGCUCCAUCUCCCCCAGCAGCCUUCUGGAAACCACCAUUAGUGAAGAAGUAAGGCAAGAGAAGGAGCUGGAAGAUGAAAUUAAGGCAUACGACCACCCUAUCCGCAUCCCUAGCAACACCAGCCGGAGACACACGCUGGCUGAAGUCACUACUCACUUCUAUCAGCAUGCCCCUCCAUGUAUAGUCAUUUCCUCCUCAGCAAGCCCCACAGAGGGAACUAGUUCAGACAGCUGCCUUACUUCAUCUUCGAAUGACAGCUCAGUGGCCCUGAGCAGCUGUUUGGCAGGUCAAGUAAUGAUGGGGAGCCCAGCCACAGCUAGGAUGACAUCAGCCUUCCUAGCUUCCCAGUCUGACGCUCCGGUGUUACAAGCCCAGAGCUGCAUGGGAGGUGCUUCUCUCCUGCCUGUCAGCUUCCAAGAAGGAAGACGAGCAUCUGAUACCUCAUUAACUCAAGGCUUGAAGGCUUUUAGGCAGCAGCUGCGGAAGAACGCUCGAGCCAAAGGGUUUCUCGGCUUGAAUAAAAUCAAAGGCUUUGCUCGGCAGGUGUGUCAGUCCUCUUCAUCUCGGGCAGCAAGGAGUGCCAUGAGCCCUUUCCAACACGCACAGCCGAACACCUGCAUCUACAGCAGCAGUGGGAGCAACAGAGAGGGAAGAAACCUCCUGGAAGAGGUGCUACAACAGCAGAGAAUGCUCCAGCUUCAGCAUCACCAGCUACUCCAGCCAGCUUGUCCCCAGACGUCUCAAACAUCUGCGACAAAUGGCCUCCCCCCACCUGACAGCGCAGGUACCUGCAAAGCAUCCAAUUCUCUUUUGUUGUCAGAGCUACAAAGAGAGAACUCAUUUGAGCUGGCCUUUGGUGGCAACAGCCAACUGCUCCAACCUCAUUUCUUUGGUGUCAGCGUGUCACCGGUGUCUUCAGCAGCUCACCUCCUAGACACUCACCUGUAUAUCAGCAGCAACGUCUCUCCGGUUGGCACCACAUUCUCUCAGCAACAGAGUUUCUCUGCUCAGUCUCCGAGCUAUGACGCUGUCGCUUUGCAGCACGGGGAUUGUGAGAUGGAGGACUUGACUUCCAACCAGCUAGGGAAGUUUGUCCUGGUCAAAUGAGAGCUCUGGCUGCUCCAGCUCACGCUGCUCUUUUAGCAAAGAACUUGCACCACUGUUCCACGGCACGUGUAGGUGCAUGGCUGGCUGGUGUUGUGAGGAUGAGUGACUCUCAGAAGCAAUAAAUUUUGAAGUAUGUGAAGAGGCUGUCUGGCUCCGAAAGCUAGCAACUUUAUAGAAGUGAAACAAGCAAUAUGUAUGUCUUUUUGCUUCUACUAUUCUUGCACUGAACAAAUACGAAUAGAAACUGAUUUUGUUGUUUUUUUUUUUAAAGGAAAAAUAAUGAUGGGGGAAGAUGGGUGGGGCAUUUGUGGGGACAGGGAGGGAUGCGGUUGGGGAAGAAGUCUUCGGUACUGUACUCAAGUCAGACCAAUACAGCUCUGCUGUUAUGCAAGAUUAGCAGCUGUCGGUAGUGGUGACACAGCAGGGAGAGGCUUUUCAAAGAAGGGACCAGAGCCUCCCUCUUUCACAAUAUUCAUUUAUGGGUUUGUGAAGAUGAUUACCUCUUUUAAAGAAAAUAAACAGAAAACCAGUGGCAUGCAACAUUAUGCAUUCAGAGAAGACAAAAAUGGAAGCAUUGCCAUUUGUGGGGCUUUUUUUUUUCCUUUUUCCUCCUGUUAACACUCAUUUUGUUUUAAAGGAACCAACAUCCCCAUUCCGCAUCUCCCAGAUCUGUAUACUUUAAAUGAAAACUGUGAACUUUCUGCUUGAUAUGUCAGCUAGAAAACCUGUUUGUUUGUUUUAGGAUAAAGAAAAGCCAACAACCAAACAGCAUUCUAAUUAGCACAGAAACAAGGAAUCUCUUGAAAAUACAUCCUUUAGAUCCUGAUAGGAUCUAAAUUACAGGCUGUAUGGUCUUCUGCAGGGGUUGUGUGCGUGUGUGUGUGAGCACCUGCACACAUGCGUGUAUUUUGUUGGCCUAAAUAAUCUUUUUAUACGUGCUAAGGUGGUUUUUUGUUGUAUUCCUGCAGAGGCACCGAGGAGGGAACCCUUAUUAGCAGUGGGGUGAUGGGAAGCAUUUUCUUUUUAAGAAGCCCUCCUGGAGAUUGCCCACAGAGUUGUCUGAAGGGUAUUUCUUAGCGCUGCACGUUGGUUUGGUUUUUUUUUUCUGCUGCUAAUUAUGUUUUUAUGCAUUUCAUUAUCAGGGUCCAAAUAGAACCGACUCUUGGGGAAAUGUGCAAUAUUGAGGUUAUAAUUAUAUUCUGACAAAGACAAAAGGAAUAGGCUAGAACAGAAUCCUGCUCUAAUGGAGUACAGCUAUUUCUGAACAAAACUGUAUUAAAAGCGAGUAAAACAGCACAAUCUUUGGGUGUUUGUUUUUGGCUGGUUUGUUUUUAGCGUAUUAGCAAAACGAGGUUUUGGAUUAGGUAGGUGUUUUUGGUUUGGUUUUUGUUUUUUUUUGUAUGGUUUUUAAUGCUGUAUAUGUAUAUAAAUAGGAAGCAGAAAACUAUAUAACACUAGUUAUUUUUUUAUAUUUUGUAAUAUGCUUCUGUUGUGUUUCUGGUAUAACCCCAUCUCCCUCCCAAGGCAGAGCACGACUUCUGUUGGCGGCAAUAGAAGAUGUGCUUUAGGCGCAAAGGGGAGCCCAGGCCGUGCCCUUACAGCAAUGAGCAGGGUGGGGCGUUCCAGCUUUGGAAGCAGGUGAGCAAACAGUGAGCCAGUUUGGCUGGAAGUUGAAUUCAGGAAAUAGCUGCAUUUUUGUCUAAAUGCUACAAGGACCCAUCUCCCUCGUGUGACACAGGGUGCCUUCAAGUUACCUUGGCUUCAUGCAACCUGCAGUAUUACGCAUUUACAAAUAAUACAGAUACCUGUUAGGUGGUGUUUUGUUUUUUUUCUUCUUCUUUUUUUUUUUUUUUUAA